AUGCCAGCCGUUGGCGACCAACAUCGAGGCAGCCCGACGAGCAUUACGAUGCCAGAUGCAACAGGCGUCAUCGCCAAAAACCCAUUCAAUGAAACCCCAGCACGCUCCAAUCAAUACACCCGCGAGGAAGUCGCCGUGCUUCAGGCACGCCUUGAGAAGAAGUUAGGACCGGAGUACAUCUCCUCUCGACCUGGAGCGGCGGGCCUUAGAGUACACUACCUCGCCGCGGAUAAGUGUAUAAGCCUUGCCAACGAGGUGCUUGGCUUCAACGGGUGGUCGAGUUCGAUCCAAAAUAUUCAGAUUGAUUUUGUUGACGAGUCCCCGAAUACUGGAAAGGUCAGUCUGGGCUUAUCGGUAAUAGUGAGGGUGACUUUGAAGGAUGGAGCUUACCACGAGGAUGUGGGAUACGGACAUAUGGAGAAUUGCAAGGGGAAAGCCGCCGCCUUCGAGAAGGCUAAAAAAGAGGCAACGACCGACGCCUUAAAACGAGCUUUGCGAAAUUUCGGUAACGUUUUGGGUAACUGUGUAUACGACAAGGAUUUCAUUUCCAAGGUUUCGAAACUGAAGACAGUGCCAACGAAGUUGGACGUGGAUGAUCUGCACCGCCAUCCCGACUUUGCCCCCAUCAAGAGGGAGCCAGUGCAACCAAAGCCGCCUCCAGAAGACGAUGAUUUGCCGCCUCGUCCGUCAGUCGCUGGACGGAACACAUCCAGGAAUGACGCUGCUGAUGUCGAUGCGGAGUUUGGAAGUGAUGUUUUCGAUGAGGCCGACUUCAAUGUCGGCGAGAGCGAGUACCCGGAUGAAAUAGUGGCAGAAGACAGCAAGGCACAUCAGCCACCAACUCCAAUUACAAGGCCCAGCAUACCACCAAAUCCCUCAAGUUAUGCCCCUGGCGUACCGUCAAGGACUAAUCCCAAUGUCGUCACGCCGUCUAAACCGGAAAGACCCAUGCAUCAUGCUGCAGCGGGUAGGCCGAUCCCUAAUCAGGCCCCGAACAAUCGACCAUACCCUCCAGCAGCCCAAAAUCAAAACCAAUGUCUGAACCAGAGGCAAUCCGUUCCGCCCCCAGACGCACAAAGAGGAUACCAAAAUGGAAGACCGCCACCACCAGGACAGCGCGCCAAUAAUGGGGUAACGACAGCAGGCCCCGGCGCACAAGCGCACAUCAAACAGGAGUUUGGUGCCAAGCGUCAAAAUCUACCACCGCAAAACAUGGCUGCCACAGGAAACCCAGGCAUAGGUGGUCAAGGGCCUCCCGUCGUUGGAUUCUUCUCCGCCCGGGGAGUCGAUAUGUUACGAGACAACCCGAAUAGCGCGGCCGCCGCUGCUCCAGCAUUUGACCCGCAUGCAGAAAGCCCAUCUAUUCGCAAAACGGCAGGCGUCGACCACACCAAGAGCGUACCGAUCUCUAAACCAAUGCUAACCGGCAGCACCUCCCCAGCGCCCAACCAAACUCGCGACUUCAUCAAUCCCUCCUCAGACAUGCAUCGAAAGCUCGGCGCACCAGGCGGCAGUGGAACCGGCAGUCCCAUGAACAGAGGUCCAUCUACAUCCUCCUACCGUCCCCUAACACGGCCGAAUAUUGACCCUAAGACUGCUGCACCAAACAACGUUUCUGCUGCCAAUCGGAGUGGAUUCGGGCCCGCGAAUAUGAACGGAAAACGACCUCCUCUGAACGACGUCACCAAUGCUUCCGUACCCGGCGGGGACGGGCCUACUUCUGCCCCUGGCUUCAAUGAUCCAAAAAGAGCAAGGUACGACGGGACAAUGGCUCCACAGCAACAACAACAACAACAGUCGCAUCAGCGGUAA